AUGGCCAUCCGAAACGAGAAGGCGCCGAACGGCUCCAUCUCGACAUCAUCAACAAGAGGCCGCCAGGUCAAGAGACGAGGCUUCUUCUCGCGACUCAUCAGCAUAGCCCUGAGGUAUCCACCCGAUCUGGUUGCUCAGUCCUGCCAUUCGUUACUGAUUCUGCCGCNNAGAUUGUCCAUAUGGUACACGCUCCUCACUGUCGUCUUCCGUUGCCCGUCAUCGCCCAAACAACUCACCAAAGACUCUCCCAACGUUUGCGAGCCUUACUUCCAGCUGAGAGACUUUGCUGUUCCCCACCUCCAGCCCUACUACGAUACCUAUGCCUCUCCUUACGUUCAACAAGUCCAACCCUACUUUGACCGCGUCAAGGAACAGGCCUACGUCCCUGCUGCUGCCUUUGCUCAGAAACAUGGUGCCCCUCGUGCCGCCCAGAUUCAGAAGUACGCCACCAAGGAGUGGAAGAGAUCCGUCCGCCCUCAGUUGGACGUCGCUCGCAAGCACGCCUUGAAGCAGUACGACUCUACCUUGGGUCCUCACGUCCAAAAGAUUCAAGACGCCGUAUCUCCCUACUACACCAACGUCAAGGCCUCGGCCACUGACUUUUACGAGCUCGAGUUGCUGCCCGCCUACAAGCACACAGCUCCUUACGCCAAGAAGUUUUACAGCCAAGCCCAUCGCUUCUCCGUCAACACUGCUCUGCCUUACGCUCGCUGGGGCACCGACUUGACUUUCACCUUCGUUCGCCGACAGAUCUGGCCUAGAAUACAGGUCCUCUACGGAGAAAAUGUUGAGCCUCAAAUCUUCAAGAUCAGCCAGAGACUUGGUCGCUACCGCGAUGAGAAGAAGAUUGAAGCCGCCGUCGAGUCCGCUGAGAGUUCCGCAUCCUCUUCGUCUUCUUCCGUCUCGUCAGCUGCAUCUGCUUCUUCUACCAUUGUCANNCCAGCUCCCCCCUCCGCCGUGGUCUCGAGUGCUAGUUCCGUUAUUGAGUCUAUCAUGACAAAGGCAUCCAGUGUUGUUGUUGCUUCGCCUUCGAUGGCACCUACUGAGGAAGAGCCCAGUGCUGCCGAGCAAUUCUCCCAGGAUUUGAAGGUCUGGGAGGAGCAUGUUUCCAUCGCUGUGCGUGAGGGUCUCGACCACUUGCGCGAACGUAUUCAGGAGAUUUGCGACCGCCAAGUCGAGACUCAGACCAACGGUGUUGGCCAAGCUUUGAUCGUUCAGCUGGAAGAAAGCUCCUCGUCGGCUUUCAGAAGUCUCAAGGCAAGAGUUGAAACUGUUAUCGAACAUCUCCCUGAAGAACCUUCAGAGUCUGAUAUCUCAUCUGCUCAAGACUCCAUCAACAAGGAAGUAAAGAAGGCUGGUCAAACUAUCAAGCAAAAGGCUCAGAACGUCCGCGAUUGGAAACAAACCUUUGACCAAGACAUUACCCGACUUAUCGAGGCUGCCGCCAACUCUACUCUUGAGACUAUUGACAACAUCCGUGACCUCCGUCUGCAGGAGAUUGGCAGACGUUGGGCUUCCAAUGCUGCUAUCACUCACCGAGACUGGACUAAGUACAACGACCUCAAGAAAGCCUCGAGCAAGGGUCGUGAUGAAGUUGCCGCUCUCGCCACCUCAGACGAGCUUACCGAAGCCAAGAAGGGCGCCCACUCAAUCGAGGAAAGAGCCAUGGCCAUUGCUGAGAACGCUGCCAAAGAGCUUGCCAGACUCAAGAGUGUUUCUCAAUGGAAACUCGAGGCUAGAGAUUCUUCCGACGACUUCAACACAAAGUACACACCAGCUGCCGCUGCUAGAGCCAAGCAGCAAGUUGUCGAAAAGAUCUCCGAUGCCAAAGAGGCCAUCGCCGGAAGUUCCCAGGGUACUGUUGAGUCAGCAACGUCGGCAUUGUCCUCUCAAGGCUCCGAGGUAGCUUCCAGCAUGUCCACCCAAGGAUCGCAAGCAGCCUCGAGCAUUUCUGCUGAGGGCUCUCGUAUGGCUUCCGGUGCGUCCGAGGCUAUUCUAGGAACAAGCACUGGUUCCGUAGAAAGCGCCGCAUCUAAGGUAUCCGAGAAGGUUCUUGGCUCUGAGCAAGCUACUGUCGAGAGCAUUGCUUCUGUUGUUUCCGAGAGUGCUAAGAGCGCAGCCACGGUUGCCUCAGAGUCAGUUCUGGGCACUCAACCUGGUGUCGCGGAACAGGCUGCCACGAAGGUGUCCGAGGCUGUGGUUGGCCGUGACACACCUGUGAUCGAGAGCAUUUCCUCUGCAGCCAGCUCAGCCAGUUCGCGAGUCGCUGACCAAUCUCUUGACGUUGAGAUGGCAAAGAGCCUGAGUGCUGCCAAGUCUAGCGCCUCUUCUGCUGCCAGUGAAGUCUCUUCCAGCGUUGCCUCAGUUGCAUCCAGUGUAUCUGCUCCCUCAAUUGUUUCGGAAGCUUCUUCCAGCGCCGCCUCAAUUGCAUCCAGUCUGUCGGCUCCAUCGAUUGUGUCUAAAGCUUCUUCGAGCAUCAGCUCUGUUGCUCAGCAAGGGUCAUCGAGCGCAUCAUCUGUAGCAUCCCAGGUGUCCGAGAGUGUGUCUGACGCUUCUGAACAGGCUUCUAAGAAGGUCUGGGGUGGAGCUAUGGCUCAGGCAGUUCCCUCGGCACGUUCAAUCGUUCUUGACGAUGACAUUGUCGACGACGAGUACACGUACUCAAGCAAACUCCAGGACAUUCUUGGAAAGGCUGGCAGCCAAGCAAGUCAGCUCACCCAAGCAGUUCAGGAUGCUAUCAAGCCCGCGCCUACCCAGGGCAGUGUCGAAUCGGUCACUUCUCUUGCUAGUGAGCAGUACGAACGGGCUCUCUCUGCAGCAAGCAGUGUGAUCUUUGGUACCGAGCAAGGUGUUGGAGAGUCCAUGUCAAGUGUCGCAAGUGACCGAUAUGCCUCUGCAGUUUCUGCCGCAUCCAGUGCUAUCUAUGGAGCACCCAUUCCUGCCACCAAGUCCAUUGCUUCUCAAGUCGCUUCCGUAGCAGCUUCUGUUACCGCUGGCGCUAGCAGCAACGUGGACUCUCUCCAGUCACAGGCUAGUUCAAUCUACACUGAGGUCCAGUCUGCGUACUCGGAGUCUAUCGCAGACCCGCUGCAAUCUGUCUACUCUAGUUCCAUCGCGGACCCGAUGCAGUCAGCUCUGUCCUCCAUCUCGUCGAUAGCAUCGUCAAGACUCCAAGAAGGUCUUUCAUCCGCAAGUGCUCAGUUCGAGCAUGCUAAGAGCGCUGUCGGCGCUUCGCCAACACCAGUUCAACAAGGUGUCUUGGCAGACGCUCAGCGCAGAUACUACGAAAUGGUGGGCUACGCUUAUGACCGUUACUCCGCCUUCGAGUCUGCUGGAAGGGNNGAUAUGGUUGCGGCUCGCCCUACAUCGACUUCUGGAUAUUCCAAUGCCCUUGCUGCCGCCCAGAGCCAGUACAGCAGUGCCGUUGACGCUGCUUCGAGAAACAUGGACAGCAUCCUCUCAUCGGCACGUUCUGUUGUCAGUGGCACCACUCAAUCUCCAGCUCAAAGCUUGGUUGACCAAGCGUCGAGCCAAUAUGACGCUGCAACUUCCAGUGCUUCCUCUUACCUUGUCAUCGCCUCGUCCAAGGCCAGCGAGGCUAUUUAUGGCACUCAGCCUGCUAUGUAUGAAAACCUUCUCGCCUCUGCCCAGAGCCAAUAUGAUGCUGCUUACAGUGCUGCAAGCUCCAACCUGAACAGCAUUAUGGACUCGGCCAGCUCUACUGCUGGACCCGCACUCGACACUGCAUUCGAACAGUACGAGUUAGCAGUCUCCGCUGCUGGCGAGCAGUACUCAUUGGCAAGUGCCAAGGCCAGCGAAGCAAUCUACGGAACGUCGACAGGCUCAAUUGAGUCGAUCGCCAACGCUGCUAGCACUGCCAUCUACGGAAGUGAGACUCCUUGGACGGAAGCCGCUGCUUCGCAGGCCAGCGAGAACUGGGAGAUGUUGGUCUCCAAGGCUAGCNGAACAAGUUUACGGUUCUCCUACCCCUUCCUCUCCCAGGCUGGUGAGUAUGCUUCUCAAGCUACGGUUGCUGUAGUUGAACAGUACGCCGCAGUCUCUGCGCUUNUUGACGAGCUCGUGAAUGGACGCGAGCCAGAGUUCACCGAGAGUGUUUGGAACCGCCUCCAAUCUGCAUAUUCGACUGGUGCUCCGGCCAUCGCAUCGAGUGCAUCGAGUUAUGCUCAAGACGCUUACGCCAGCGCAUCUUCAUUCUAUGAGUCGGCCUUCACUCCACCACCAACUGUCGAGGCUCUUCUGGACAAUGUCAACGAGCAAAUCAACUCUGCAGUCGACGCCGUCUCGGCCCAGAUCUACGGCACCACAAAGGGCAACAUGGAACAGAUGACCGAAGCUGUCGGCAGCGCAUAUAACGACGCUGCAUCUCGCGCCAGUGAGGCCGUCUAUGGAACCACCACCGGUUAUGCCGAAGCAGCUCAGAGCUCGAUCUCAGAGGCUGCUUCGUCCGCCCAGCAAGCUAUCAGCGAAGCUUUGUUUGGAACCCCAUCUGCAGCAGCUGCAGCUAGCAUCUACACGUCGAUCGCAUCGGUUGCAUCCGAGAAUCGCGAUGCUGUGGUAUCAAAGGCUGCGGAACAGUACGAGGCAGCUACAUCAGCUGCUAGCAGCGCCAUUUACGGGUCCGAGAAGGGCGCUUUCGAGAGUGCUCAGAGCAGACUCUCAGUCGCCAUGGCUAGUGCAUCUAGCAGACUGGCAGAAUUUGGCGAGACUGCAAGCAAGGCUACCGAUGACUCGGUAUCAAAAGUGGUAGAAGCGGCUCAGGACGCAGCCUCAUCAGCGAGUAGCGUGGCCGAGUCAGUCAGUGCCAGGGUUAGAGAUGAGCUCUAA